AGUACGCAAACGGAAGGGACAAUCGUCAAUAUUUGGAGUCUGGUUUCCAGGUUAGUGUUUUGUCAGGGUCUGGGUGUGCCCGUUGGCAGAGGCGAAAUCGGCUGGACCAUGUCGGCCUUCGAGAAGCCUCAGAUCAUCGCUCAUAUCCAGAAGGGCCUCAACUACACGGUGUUUGACUGUAAGUGGGUGCCCUGCAGCGCCAAAUUUGUGACCAUGGGCAACUUCGCACGGGGGACCGGCGUCAUUCAGUUGUACGAGAUCCAGCACGGUGACCUAAAGCUGCUUCGGGAGAUUGAAAAGGCCAAACCCAUUAAAUGUGGAACAUUUGGUGCAACAUCUUUACAGCAGAGAUAUUUAGCUACUGGAGAUUUUGCUGGAAACCUUCAUAUAUGGAAUUUGGAAGCUCCGGAGAUCCCAGUAUAUUCUGUAAAGGGCCAUAAAGAAAUUAUAAAUGCUAUAGAUGGUGUAGGUGGACUAGGAAUCGGGGAAGGAGCGCCUGAAAUCGUGACUGGCAGCCGAGAUGGAACUGUGAAGGUGUGGGACCCAAGACAGAAAGAUGAUCCUGUUGCCAAUAUGGAACCUGUACAAGGAGAAAACAGGAGAGACUGUUGGACUGUGGCAUUUGGCAACGCUUAUAAUCAAGAGGAGCGUGUUGUUUGUGCUGGCUAUGACAAUGGAGAUAUCAAACUGUUUGAUCUCAGAAACAUGUCAUUGCGGUGGGAGACAAACAUAAAGAAUGGGGUAUGUAGCUUGGAGUUUGACAGAAAAGACAUAAGUAUGAAUAAAUUAGUAGCUACGUCCCUGGAGGGAAAGUUUCAUGUUUUUGACAUGAGAACACAGCAUCCAACCAAAGGUUUUGCCUCCGUUUCGGAAAAGGCUCAUAAAUCGACUGUGUGGCAGGUCCGACACCUGCCGCAGAACAGGGAGCUCUUUCUGACCGCGGGCGGCGCCGGCGGCCUUCACCUCUGGAAGUACGAAUACCCUAUUCAGCGGUCAAAGAAAGAUUCCGAGGGCGUGGAGAUGGGAGUUGCGGGCUCGGUCAGCCUCCUGCAGAAUGUGACAUUGUCUACCCAGCCCAUUUCCAGUUUGGACUGGAGUCCAGAUAAAAGGGGUCUCUGCAUCUGUAGUUCAUUUGAUCAAAUGGUGAGAGUACUGAUUGUUACAAAACUCCAUAAAAUUUGAUCUGAAGACUUUGGACUUGAAACCUUCCAGAGGAACACUCAUGGAAUUCAGAAUAAGUUUUUCCUCUGACCCUCAUUGAACAGAGUUGGAUUUGACUGAUGAACAAAGGCCCCAGCAAACCUCCGGCUAGCCUCUCUCUGGGUGUGAAAUGCCGAGUGGUGUGUCCCGGCGACCUGGCUGGAUGCUGGUUUGCUGCUGCUCGUGGGGCCACCACUGUCUCUAGCUCCAGCUCUGUUCCUUUCCUAAUAAAAAGUUGAUACUUGUCUAUAUUUAAACAUAUUUUAAAUUUGUUCUGCAUCCCCAGAGUUCCAUAUUUAUCAUAACACUUGUGUUUUAGGGUUACAAUGUUGUGGUAGGGAUCACUUAAUUUGGUUUAAGAUCGUUUGCUUUGGUAAGACUACUGUGAAUUACCCUUCAUAAAUACACUCUGAGAGAUUUCAGUGUCAGUACAUUUCUAUAAAGAAUAUUACUUUAUAAAAUACCAACAUGGCAUGGUCAGACUAGAUUUGAGUAACUGUUUUCAGCAGUAUAACUCAUAAAAUGAAAUACUAUGAUUUACAAAGACCUCUUUUUUACUUAAAAAACAGAAGUUGAAUUAGUGAGACUUUUGAUUGUUGACUGGUGAUGUUGAGAUGUACAAGAUUGUGGGGUUUUGUAGCCUUAUUUUUUGUGAAACUUUUAUAUAUUUUAUGAAUAAAUUUCUGUUUUUGAAAUCU